ACAAACAUUUUGAAUGGAGGAACUAAGAAACAACUCAAGAAGUUGAUUUCAUAAUGCCUAUAUAACUCCUUCCCAAAUGAGUACAUUUCCUUGAACUUUAUUUCGACAUGCAUCAUAAUUCCAUGCCACCAAUCCAACGUUAAUCCAAAUAAAUAUCAAGAAUGAUCAUCAUUUAUGGUCUGGCAUCAAAAGUUCAACCUUAAAAAUGGAGAUCCGACACAAGUCAAGCUUGGUAGCUGAUACCAUCUCAAUCAAAAACGAAUAAACAUUUUUAACUAUUUUCAAGUGAGCUCAAACAAUGUCUGACUUGUACAAAUGAAUGUCAAACGCUGCUGCUGCAGCAGCAAAUAAAAUUAGCAAUAAAUUUAAAUAAAUAACUGCCUGACGAUAUUAGAUCAUACGAAAAAUCUCAGGGGGACUGUUUGCAAAGAGUCCACAAAAAAGCACUCGAAACGAAACCGAAAAUCUAACUAACUGAAUCUGGAAAAGCACUCAAGAGAGUACGCUGAAGACCCAGCUGAGACCUCUAAACGAUACUAUACCAUAUAGCAUACGAUACGAUCCGAUACGAUCCCAUCCGAUCCGAUUCGGCCAACGCAAAAAGCACCCACACAUCGUGUCGGUGGAUAUUUGGGGAAAGAGAGAACUGGUUUCUCUUCAAUGACUUGGUGAUGUUUGUUGUUUUUUGUGUUGGCGUUGGCGAGCGCCAGUGGGUUUCUCGGUUUAUUGGUCGUCGUAUUGAGAAAACGAGACUUUGCUGCCUUUUAAUGCGGCAUUUCAUUCAUUGAUCGUUCCAAUAGCGCGCCGCACGCUCAGCGCAGCGGACAAGUGAGCUAAAAGUCCAACUUACACUACCACCGCCCACUUAACCUGGCUAACGGAGUCAAAGCCAACUGUGUGUGCGAAGUCAGCUGAUCUAGCUGCAUCCCAUUCCUAUUCGAAGCCAAUCCACAAGCACAGCCACAUCAACAUUGACGAUCCGCGAGAUAUAUCUUUUCAGUGCACAAGCGACAAGCGCAGCAGGCGGACGCGGCGCAGCAUUUUCUCCGUGUAUUUUCGUAUGCCAACUCGGGAUAUUGGAUACAGAUAUAGAUUCAUAUAGAGAUACAGAGAUACAAAGAUAUAUUUAUAUAUAUAUCGCCGAGCGACGCGUACUCAUAGAUAUUUUUAGCAACCGGCCUCACGCAUACCGCCGCAUUUAUUCGUCCCGCCGCACUGACACACGCGGCUUGCACGUUUUCAACGGAAAAUCCAUUCUUCGAGGCUUUUCCUACCAGCAGCAACAAAAAAAAACAAAACCAAAAGAAAACGCGAAAAACAAAACAAAAGUUCUUAUCACUAAUUAAAUCGCCGAAACUAAAACUGAAACUGAAACCGAUUCGGAAUCAGUCGGAAUCAGUAUCAAAAUCAAUUCAAAACCCAAAACAAGUUCUCGAGUUUCGAGGAAAUAAAAACUGAAAACAAACCUUUUUUGUUGUGUUAAUAUGCCAAAUUUAUGCAUGAGCUAAUAACUUUAAUUCUGAAAAAAUAAAAAACCAAAACCAAGCAAAACAAAAUUCAAGAAAAGAUCGCCUAUCAAAAUUAGUUGGGUGACUAAUUAGUCGGAAUUUCAAUUUGCAUACUUUGGAGCCACUUUAAUGAACCAAAAAUUAUAAUAAAAACAUCAACAAAUCUUAAUCGGAGUGCACAAUCGAAUUCAAGUCAUCCCGAAGAAACCCCUCAGCUUAAUACAGUUGGAUUUAUGAAAUCAAAAAGAUGAAGUCCAACACGUACGAGCUGCACAACUACGCCGAUCUGAAUGACAUGGACGACAUGGCGGACACCAAGGAAUCCCGAAAACGGAAGACGACCAGUGUUCGUGGUGAAAAGUACUCACUGCGACAGAAGCGCCAGAAAAGGAAUCCCACCGAGGAGGUGGAACCCGCCAACCCGCCUGACUUUCAACUGGAGUUGGAUUCCUUAGUGGAACCGGUGGCUAGUAAAUCAAGGAAAAAUACGCCCACGAAGUCCAAGACGAAAGCACCGCCAUUGAGCAAGUAUCGGCGGAAAACUGCAAAUGCCAGGGAGCGAACCAGGAUGCGGGAGAUCAACACAGCCUUCGAAACCCUCAGACAUUGUGUUCCCCAAGCGAUAACAGGGGAAGAUGCGGCCAAUACCAAUGAGAAGUUGACCAAGAUUACCACUCUGAGAUUGGCAAUGAAGUAUAUCACCAUGUUAAAUGAUUCAAUCAAAGAUCCGAGCUAUGAAAGUGAGUUCAUUGAAGAGUGUCUGGAGGAAAGUGCCAAUAGGGAGGCGAGAGUGGACUUCGAUGUGGCCGAGGAAGCUGAGGUGGAAGUGGAGCUACCCGUUCCCGUUGUGAAAAAACCAACCAAGGCCAAGGGAAGUGGUAAAAAGAACUCGACGGCCAGCAAAAGACAGAACCAAAAGCAGGCCAAGAGCCAAGUGCCUCAAGUUCCACCAAUAAGUUCCGGAGAGUCAUGCUAUGCCACCUCCUCGAUAGGAUCGCCUGCCUCUUCCGCCUACGCCUCCCUCUCCUCGUCAUACAAUAGCCACAGCAGCAGUAGCAGUCCGGGAUUGGAGAUGGACACUUUGGUGGGACUGCACGGGAUCAGUGCCCUAGACUCCCUGCUAUUGGAUGCCUCCGAUGGGGAUUCCCUGUCCUGCUUGAGUCCCGGCUAUGGAAGUCUGCUCACUGGCAGUGGUGAAACCCUAUUACCCGGUUGUCGUGGGGACUUACCUAUGUCUGGAUUGGAAAAACCGGACGUGGAACUCAGUCUGCGAUUAUUGGAUCAGAUGUCGACGGAUUCCUUCGACUUUGCCAGCGAUCAGCAACCUUCGGCCUGUAUUAGUUCACUCUCCACAUUGGAUGGUUAUUCCUUCGACCUUCCGCUGCACAGCGAUUUUCCGGAUAUGUUUCUUACGUGACGCGUAUUUAUUUAGUAACCUUCACUAUUGUCCUCUUAAGCCUAACCCCUCGAUUUAAGUUAGAGUGCGAGUUUUAACCCAACUUUCACAAUUAGCCAUUACAUGCGAUGCGCCCCUGUGUGGCGGAAUUCAUUGUGUCAUAGCAAGCAGCUUUUGGUAUAUAUCCAUAUAUCCUGCGAAGUGAAAAGCUGCUCACCGCCACAUCCACAUGAUAACUCUCAACUCAACUAGUGAUCUAAGCAUUUCUUUGUGACGCAUUUCUCGUUAUCCUGUAAAUAAGGCACCCAAUGUUGUUUCAUGACUCGUAAGCAAUCUGAUUUUGAAUAAAAGAUGGGUUUCUAUACCUAUAUAAUAUAAA